UCCUUCUAAGCGAAUAUGGUUGAGCGAAAAGAAACAUUUCCUUUGCUACUUGAGCCCGAAAUCAGAUCAAAUGAAGAAAGGGAAGAAGAAGAAGAAGGUAACUUAAUUGGCAAGGUUAAGGACGAAUCCAAGAAACUAUGGCAGAUUGCGGGCCCCGCUAUUUUCUGUCGGAUCGCCAUGUACUCCACGAAUGUGGUGACGAUUGCAUUUAGUGGUCAUCUCGGCAACGUAGAGCUUGCAGCCAUGUCCAUAGCCAAUACCGUCCUCGUCGGAUUCAAUUUCGGUCUUUUGCUAGGCAUGGCAAGCGCAUUGGAGACUCUCUGCGGCCAGGCAUUCGGGGCCCGCCAAUACUCCAUGUUGGGCAUCUACCUGCAGCGAUCGUGGAUCGUUCUCUUCCUCUGUUCACUUCUCUCGCUGCCCAUCUAUAUCUUCACAACACCGAUCCUCAAACUGGCAGGCCUGACGGAUGAGAUCGCAACACUGACGGGGACCGUCGCAAUAUGGAUCAUCCCACAGCACUUCGCCUUGGUUUUCCAGCUACCUAUAAAUAGAUUCCUCCAAUGCCAGAAGAAGAAUGCAGUCACCGCAUGGACGGGGGGAUUUGCGCUGGUUGUUCAUUUAUUCAUAAGCUGGCUGUUUGUAUAUAAACUUGAUCUUGGACUGUUUGCGGCGGCGUUGAUGACGGGCGUCUCAUGGUGGCUGAAUUUGGUGCUUCUGUUUGCGUAUACGACAUGUGGAGGCUGUCCUCUCUCGUGGGCUGGAUUCUCUUGGGAGGCCUUCUCCGGCUUGUGGGAGUUUAUCAAGCUAUCGGUCGCUUCCGGCAUCAUGUUAUGCUUGGAGAACUGGUAUUAUAGACUGUUGAUCCUGCUGGCUGGUUAUAUGAAGAACGCUGAGAUUGCAGUGGAUGCCCUUUCAAUAUGCAUGAACAUCAAUGGGUGGCAAUUGAUGAUUCCUUUCGCAUUCUUUGCAGCUACUGGAGUGAGGGUAGCUAAUGAACUUGGGGCGGGCAACGGGAAAGCAGCCAAGUUUGCGACGAUCGUUGCUGUGGUAACUUCGAUGGUGAUAGGAGCAAUCUUCUUUGCUCUAAUACUAGGCUUCCAUGAUAAGUUUGCUCUCAUCUUCACCUCAAAUGAGAUCGUUAUCAAAGCAGUCGACAAAUUGUCAAUCUUGCUUGCCGUCACCAUUCUCCUUAACAGCGUGCAGCCUAUUCUCUCAGGUGUUGCGGUCGGUUCGGGGUGGCAAGCACACGUCGCAUACAUAAACAUUGGAUGCUACUACUUCAUCGGACUUCCGGCUGGAAUUAUAUUGGCAAUCUUGUUCAAUUUCGGAGUUGCGGGUAUAUGGAGCGGCAUGAUCGGUGGGACUCUUAUCCAAACAUUGAUAUUGGCCAUCAUCACAAUCCGGUGCAAUUGGGAUAUGGAGGCUGAAAAGGCUAGGAUUCGCCUUGAUAAAUAUGGGGGCCACCACGUGUUAGAAGUUUCAGACGGCAGUAAAGACUCCACGGUGUCUUAAAACCUCAUUAAUCUAGAGAUUUGAAAUGUAAUCUUUGUUUGAAAUAUUGAUCUAUUUUCUAAAAUAAAUUUCAUUUGUUUAGUUCCCAUGUUUUUUUUUUUUUCAUUGGAUUGUCUAACAAAUUGCAUUAGGAUAAUAAAAAUGGAAAGGAAGUGGACCCACUUGAUCUACCCAAUUCCUUGGGGUCAAAGUUAGUAUGGCUCACCCUCCA